GGCUGCGUCAGCGCGCCCAGAAGCCCUUGGGACGGCGACCAUGGCGGCGGCGGCGGCCGGCCUGGGCGGCGGCACGGGGCACGGCCAGGAUGCCGGGGACUUCCUGGCCCGGUACCGGCUGGUGUCGAACAAGCUGAAGAAGCGGUUCCUGCGGAAGCCAAACGUGGCGGAGGCCGGCGAGCAGUUCGGGCAGCUGGGCCGCGAGCUGCGCGCCCAGGAGUGCCUGCCGUACGCGGCCUGGUGCCAGCUGGCGGUGGCGCGCUGCCAGCAGGCGCUUUUCCACGGGCCCGGGGAGGCGCUGGCCCUCACCGAGGCCGCGCGCCUCUUCCUGCGGCAGGAGCGCGACGCGCGCCAGCGCCUGGUCUGCCCCGCCGCCUACGGGGAGCCGCUGCAGGCCGCCGCCAGCGCCCUGGGCGCCGCCGUGCGCCUGCACCUCGAGCUGGGCCAGCCGGCCGCCGCCGCCGCCCUCUGCCUCGAGCUGGCCGCCGCCCUGCGCGACCUGGGCCAGCCGGCCGCCGCCGCGGGCCACUUCCAGCGCGCCGCCCAGCUCCAGCUGCCCCAGCUGCCGCUGGCCGCGCUGCAGGCGCUCGGCGAGGCUGCCUCCUGCCAGCUGCUGGCGCGCGACCACGACGGCGCCUUGGCGGUCUUCACGCGCAUGCAGCGCCUGGCGCGGGAGCACGGCGGCCAUCCCGUGCAGCCACUGCCGCCGCCGCCGCCGCCGCCGGGGCCCCAGCCGGGCCCCGGCGCGACACCCGCCCUGCCGGCCGCGCUGCUCCCUCCGAACGCCGGCUCCACGGCUCCUCCUCCCGCAGCCCUGGGCGCCUUCUCCGACGUGCUGGUCCGCUGCGAGGUGUCUCGCGUGCUCCUGCUGCUGCUCCUGCAACCACCGCCCGGCAAGCUGCUGCCGGAGCACGCCCAGACCCUGGAGAAGUACUCCUGGGAGGCUUUUGACAGCCACGGGCAGGAAAGCGGUGGCCAGCUUCCCGAGGAGCUCUUUCUGCUGCUGCAGUCCCUGGUCAUGGCCACCCACGAAAAGGACACGGAAGCCAUCAAGUCGCUGCAGGUGGACAUGUGGCCACUGUUGACUGCUGAGCAGAACCACCUGCUUCACCUCGUUCUGCAAGAAGCCAUCUCCCCCUCGGGACAGGGGAUCUGAUGAUAAAUCACGGUAACCAAAUGACUUUGUGCCUGCUGCUAUCAAACCUCACACAUCCGCCUUUGCAUUUGGGGAGAAAGAAGAGACAUCGUUCCUGGUUCUACGUUUUAUGUUACCCCUGUUGCCACCGUAGGAAUGUAGUGGACUGAAAGUUACCUGUAUCCCAAACGCUUAUUUUCAUAAUAGUGGGAGAAAAACACAUUUCGAUAGAAUCAGAGUAGAGGAUAUGGCUCUCUUCCAAAAAACUGCAACGUAAAAAUGAGAAUCCCUUUAAUCUCCUUCCUCCUCUUCCCCCACCCAGCGCCGCCUCCCACCCCCAUCUUUGUUUCAUAGUGACGAUUUCAUUUUGCAGGGCUCCGUCUAAUUUCCUGAGCUAUGUGAUUUCAUCGUGACCCUCACUGCUUAGACACUAGCAUCUCUGUGUCUUUGUGAUCACCAGAUCGCUCCCUUGACUCACCCGCACUAUCCCGACGCGCGGGAGUCAUUUUAUUCCCUCCAACUUUGUUGUUGCUGCAGCCCUAAAUCCAGGAUAACGCUCUUCUAGUACCCUUCACCUGUGGUUUAGAUGGACUCCAUCUGUACAAUGUGACUAUCUCAUCUACUUGUCAGGGGGCAAAAGGCAGCACCAGAUAGUUCUCUUUCAGGUCCAGGAUGUCUUCGUUCAUUUGAAAUUUACAGUAGGCCUAGUACGUGGGCCUAGUGUGGGGAGCAAUGAAUCUACAGCGGCCAUCUGUGAGGCAGUCCUUACUCAGAUCCCUGCAAUGCAAGUGUGUCCAGUGCAACAGCGCCAGUGCCAGUGUAUCUGUUUGCAUUGGAAUUCACAGUUCUGACUCUAUUCCAGGAGGUAUCUGGAAUCUACAUUGCGGCUUUUAUUUAACUCAAAUAUUUAAAUCAGAGCAUGGCUCUUUGGUAUUGUGUGAUCCCCCGAAUGCAAGGCAGUGUCCUCCUUGUUCCCCAACAGCAGGAGGCCGUUCUAUUUUAAAACACUAAGUUUCCAAGGCUUUUUGGUCCAAAUGUUACAUGCAAACCGACUUAGGUGUUUUCUUAUCGAUUGAGUUAUUUUUAUACUUUAGACAGUGAUGAUAUGAACCUUCUGAAAAUAAAGUCUUUCUCAAACAUUCAA